AUGGCACUCAUAAACAGAAAGUGCAUCUGCGACCUUUGCUCCUGUGGCAAGCAUCAUUGCCCACAUCCCGCCACCAAGAUUUAUGAGAAGACAGAGAAACCAUGUUUUUUCUCCGAAUACACCGAGAAGUAUCCUACCUAUCAAUCUUACAUGCCCCGAGAGUCCUUCAAACCUAAGGUGGAGUACCAGAAAGGAACUAUACCAAUGGAAGACCUGUCUACAACAAAGAGAGACUUUGGGGGUCACAACAUCGUAUCGGUGAAACACCAUAGUCCCGAAAAGUUCACUCCCAGCCAAGAUGAAAUGGAUUUCCUCACAACGUAUAACCAACACUACAACUACCAUCCUGACAGUCGAGUGAGCCCCAUCAAACCUCGAGACAACAGACAGCCAUGUACCGACAAAAUGGAGAGUGUGCCUACGUACAAAGCGCAUUAUUUACCUUGGAACCAGCAAAGGAGACCUCCAUUUCGUCCACAGGAAGCAUACCGUCCUUCGUCCUGUAGGUUCGAUCAUAGAACCACACACCAGGACGAUUACCCCAUAAAAGAUCUGGUGGAUACGGUGAAUUACAAACCCCCAAAUGUGCCAAAGCUCUGUAAUGUUCCCCUGGAGAAUAUGACAAGCUACAAAUCGACCUAUGUGGCCCAUCCUUUGGAGAAACGGUAUGUGUACGAGGCGGAGAAGUAUAAACCAUGUGAAAUCCCUUUUGACGGCCUUACCACCCACAAAGAUUCUUACAAGGGUUUUAUGGGGGAGCCUGCGAAGAGCUGGAAACCUGUGUCCAAGCACUCUGGGCUAGACAUACCUUUUCCAACCAGCACCGAAUUUCGAGAUAAAUUCCAAGCUUGGCCAACACAGCAAAUAGUCCCCAAAGAGCCUAUCCCUUAUAUCCCACCUGAAGGGAAGAUGGAUCUUCUGACAACUUCGCAAGUUGACUUCAAGUGCACUAAUGGUAUUCCUGCCCAGCCCUGCCUGCCAGUCUACCACAUAAAGAAGAGCGACCGCUUUGAAGGGUCCACCACCACCAAAGAGGAUUACAAACAGUGGGCCAACGUCCUCAGAGAGCCACUCAAACCUCCUCCUCAGCUGAAAUUCUCUGAUGAGCCUAUGGAUUACAUGACCACCAAUCGCGCCCACUAUGUGGCCCAUACACCUAUCAAUACCAAAAGCUGCAAGCCUUCCUGGUCCGGCCCUCGUGUAAACAUCCCGGUAGAAGGCCAGACCACCUAUUCUACCAGUUUUACUCCGAAGGAAAUUCAAAGGUGCCCAGCUUCAUAUUCUGAACCCCCUGGCUACAUCUUUGAGGAGGUGGAUGCUGUCGGGCAUAGAAUUUACAGGCCUGCUUCUCAACAGAGCAACCAUCGUGGCUUUGGUGAUGCGGAAUGCCCUAACCAGAGAGAGAUGGCAGUCCCAGCCUGCCAUUGA